CACCUCACAUCCGAUCCGUUUGCUUCGAACGAAAAUGUCUGAUAAAAGUUGAUAAGAAUGCGCCCAACGCCGCAAGAUCACUUGAGCGAGGACCUUUGAGUUUAUCGUACGAUACCGUGACGCCGCGGACCGUCUGUGAUUACUCGCGACGCUGAAAUCUUGUCAGUUUAGUGUCUAAGCGUGUGGUGAUGGGUGUUCGGAGGGAAGUGUUGCAAGUCGUGUCGGGCUGGCAGGCCGUGGAGCUGGUGCUGAAGUGUCUGCUGCUGGGCGUGUGGCAGUUGGCGCAGAUGGCGGUCAAGCGGCUCUGGAAGGGGCACCGCAGAAAGGCGCUCAAGAACUCGCACGUAGAGGUCACCGUCGACUCCUCGAUCGGGAGACACUGCUACAUUAAGAUUAUGGGUGUGAAGUACCAUUAUAUAGAAACAGGCCCUAAGACAGGACACAAAGUCCUAGUUCUCCCGGAUGCACCAGAAACAGCCAACCUGUGGAGCCCCAACUGGUGCUACAUGGUGAAGCAGCUGGCAGACUCUGACCACCACGUCAUCACGCUGGACCUGCGCGGCACGGGGGCCAGCGAGGGCGGCAGCCGGGGCGACCUGUCUCCACCCAGGGCCGCGGAGGAGCUGGCCAUGCUGAUGUCCGCUCUGGGGGUGUCGGAGCACAAUCCCGCCACUGUCAUUGGGUUUGGGAUUGGAGGAAUGCUUACAUGGUACCUGGCGCACUGCCACGGCGCUCUGGUGCGGCGCAUGGUGGCGGUGGGCGCGCCGCACCCCAACCUCUACUGGCAGUUCCCGCCCGCGCCCUUCUGCAAGGGCGCGUUACACUUUAUACAGUGGCCCCACUUCCCGGAGCGUUGGCUGGCGGAGAGCGCAGACGGGAGCCGCUGCACGCGCGCGAGGGACUGGGUCGGCGCGCUACAUUACGUUAGAGGUGCGGCGUGGUGGCGCGUGCGGGCGGGCGCGCGGGUGGCGGCGCCGGCGCUGCUGGUGGGCGCGGAGGCCGCGGCGCCGGCGCUGGUGUGCUCGGCGCGGCUGUGCGCGGCGCCCACGCUGCGGCUCGUGCCCGACGCGCGGCCCGACGACCCGCAGCUGCCGGCCGUGCUCGCCGAGUUCCUCAGACGUGAGUCGGCGGAGACGCUCCCGGCGGAGAAGGAGCCGGUCCGCGCCGGGCUGGUGGGCCGCAUGCUCAGCCGCGGCCGCGAGCUGACGGCGAGGCUGGCGCUCCCGGCGCAGGCCUAG